CCGGUUCAAAUCGAAUCGAAUUAUCAGCAGGAAUUUUUUGGUUUGAAAACAGAAAAAAGUUCUAUUUUCGAUAAGUUUUGAUGAUAAGAAUCAUACACGGGGGGAAUUAUCUGAACCCGUUGAUUAAGUCGUGGCGGACGUUGAAAAAUUCGCAUUUGAAUCUGGAUUCAGUUGUUUGAGGAAUCGUGUGUUUAAUGUGAUGUUUGUUUAGUGAAUGUGGCCUAAUUGAAUCGAGAGAAAUGGCACUUUGGGUUCUGUCGUUGGUGGCAGCUUCGAUUGGAGUCGCAUUUUGGAUCUACCAGCGUUUCGGUCAUCUUUUGAAGUACGGUGCUAAAAUUCCUGGUUAUCCGGCUCUCCCCGUGAUUGGAAAUGCGUUGGAAUAUGUCAACAAAACUCCACAUGAGUUCCUGGAGUCGGUCGGUGAAAAUUUCGCAGCCCAUGGGAAAACCUUCCGCGUUUGGAUGGGUCCGGACCUGAUGGUGGUAAGCAAAGAUGCCAGGGUGGCAGAGGCAGUGCUGAGCAGCCAGAAGUUUCUGGACAAAUCGAACGAGUACGACUUCUUGCGGCCCUGGUUGGCCAAUGGGUUGUUGACGAGUACCGGUAGGAAAUGGCACUCCCGUCGAAAGAUCAUCACCCCUACGUUUCAUUUCAAAAUUCUGGAACAAUUUGUUGAGAUCUUCGAUCGGCAGAGUAGCGUAUUUGUGGAGAAACUUAGGCCGCACGCUGUUAGUGAAGAAGCCUUCGAUAUCUAUCCGUUGGUAACGCUUUGUGCGCUUGAUGUUAUCUGUGAAUCUGCAAUGGGAACUAAAGUCAACGCACAAGAAGAUGCAGAAUCCGAGUAUGUGCGAGCCGUUAAAGACAUGUCGUACAUUGUCCACCAGCGAACUUUCAAGAUUUUGGCCCGAAUGAAUUUUACCUUCAAUUUGAUGCCUUAUCGUGGAGUACAAGAACAAGCAUUGAAGGUUCUACAUGGGUAUACGGACAGCGUUAUCAAAUCUCGAAGACGAGAGCUGGGAGCGACUAGUGGAUGGAAAAUCGAUGAAAACGACAACGAUAUCGGAAUUCGUAAGAAGGUAGCCUUCCUGGACAUGCUGCUGGCCACAACUGUUGAUGGCAAACCUCUGGAAGAUCUGGAAAUUCGAGAAGAAGUUGACACUUUUAUGUUCGAAGGUCACGAUACCACAACAUCGGCCAUAAGCUUCUUGUUCCGCUGCCUGGCAGAAAAUCCGAAGGUUCAGGCAAAGGUUUACGAAGAAAUUUUGACCGUAAUUGGAAAUGACGUCAGUAGACCGGUGACCUUGCAGGUGUUGAACGACCUCAACUAUCUGGAUUUGGUCAUUAAGGAAACACUUCGACUUUACCCAUCGGUUCCAGCUUAUGCCAGAAACCUAAAGGAAGAUAUGAUUGUAGGAAAGGACAUUACAAUCCCGGCCGGAUGUAACUUGGUGGUGGUGCCGUUCUACAUGGGUCGUGAUGCGGACUAUUUCGAGCGGCCAAAUGAGUUUUGGCCGGAGCGUUUUGCAACGGAAACUUCUGCGGAGAAGGCCAAUCCCUAUCGGUAUGUUCCGUUCAGUGCUGGUCCUAGGAAUUGUGUUGGACAGAAGUUCGCUGUGGCUGAGAUCAAGAGUUUGGUCAGUAAAACUUUGCGUCAUUACGAAGUGCUUCCGGUUGGGGCGGCACGUGCUGCCAAAACGGGGCGGUUUGUCGCGGAGUUGAUUUUGAGGGAUGAAGGCGGUGUUCCGGUGAGGUUACGCAAAAGGAUGUAGUGGAGCUUGAUGAACAAUUGAAACACAAUACUUCUGAUAAUGCAAGAUUAUUUUUCACAUAAUUUCGAGGUUCAUGUGUACAUAUGUUUAUAAAGUUUUGGUAACAGCA